AAAACCUUUAAUUCUUUCGAGGUUUCGAUUGCCAUCAAUAAAACCCAAAAUGUUUCGGCGUCUACAAUAUUCUAUUCACAGGAAGUUCAAGCUUAUGGUCCUGUCACUUCUCUUUCUUACUUUUAUGAUGCAUUUUGCUCUGGACGUUUUUUCUUUUUCCCAUACAGUUUCAUGCUCUUGUCCGACUCAAAACCACCCCAGAGCCAAGAUCCACUCGGUAAAGAAAUCUCCACUUGUAAGAACAUUGCAAGACUUUAGUGGCAGCAAUGGGUCCUCAGUGGGUGGCAGCCAAAUGGAGAAAGUUUCAGAAGCAAGGUCGAAAGUUUUGAACAAGUCGGAGAAAAGAUAUCAAGGCUCAAAACUGGCGUCUCUUUUCAAGCAUCCUCUCUAUAAUUCCCUAAUGCCAACAAUCACAGAAGAGGACAAGCUUUUCAGAGUCAAUGCUGAGGAACGAUUUACACUGAAAGGCAGUGGGAGUGAGGAAUGGAUCAGUGCCGGAAUGGAAUUUGUGCUUCCGACAGGAGAAACGGCUGUCGAUACUUAUCCAACGUGGUUAAAAUUCCACAUAGGAAUCAAUCGCUAUGAGCUAUACCCAAGACAAGACCCUCUGGUCCCCAUCCUGCUUAAAGAAAUGUCUACCCAACGUAUCCUUAAUUCUGUUCAGAAAACGGGUGGAACACAGCUUAAACUUCUCAUGAAUUUCCCAAACUUUGGACAGGCUCUGUUCAAACCUAUGAAACAGGAACGUGAUCAAGAGACUCCCCCAGAUUUCUUUUACUUCUCAGAUUUUGAAAGGCACAAUGCAGAAAUAGCAGCAUUCCACCUGGACAGGGUCCUUGAUUUUCGUCGGAUUCCACCUGUGGUUGGACGCUUGAUAAAUAUCACAAAGGAAGUCAGAGACAUUACCACAGACAAGAAACUAUUUAAAACCUUUUAUAUCUCACCAGCCAACAAUGUUUGCUUCUAUGGCGAGUGCUCCUACUACUGUUCCACUGAGCAUGCUCUGUGUGGAAAGCCUGACCUUCUAGAGGGAUCCGUGGCUGCUUUCUUGCCAGACACUACAUUAGCCAGACGGAAAUCCUGGCGCAGCCCUUGGAGACGAUCGUACCACAAAAAUAAAAAGGCAGACUGGGAGACGAACCCCAAGUAUUGUGAAACAGUAAAAGUGACGCCACCAUACAAUGAAGGAACAAGACUCCUGGAUCUAAUCGAUCUUUCAGUAUUGGACUUUUUCAUGGGAAACCAAGAUCGCCAUCACUAUGAGACAUUUGAAAAAUUUGGAAACAGGACCUUCCUCUUGCAUCUGGACAACGGGAGAGGGUUUGGGCGUCACUCAUACGAUGAUCGAUCUAUUCUCGCCCCUCUUCAGCAAUGCUGCAGGAUUAAGAAAUCUACACUGCAACGUCUUGAGCUGCUACAUACUGAACCAUAUCGCCUGAGUGAUGUCAUGCGGGAAUCUCUCUCCAUGGACCCUCUCACCCCCGUUCUGUCCGAGGCCCAUCUCCUAGCCCUGGAUCGCAGACUGGACAUUAUUCUCAAUGUUGUGAGAGAGUGUUUUGAAAAACACGGCCAACUUAGAGUGGCCUAUGAUGACAUGGCUAUGCUUUACAAGAACAGAAAACUAUAAAUUUGGAAUUGCCUUCAAAUCACCUCUGAACUGCUAACACCUAUAAGUCAAUGAACAGGUUCCAAAUUUUGUACUGG